AUGGAGGACAAUGCGUGGGCAGCAGCAGCGAUGGCAGCAGCAGCUGCAGCAGCUAAGCUGGACAACGCAGGCGCGCUGCAGCAGCUGCAGCAGCUAAUGCAGCAAGCCAAAGCCAUCUGCUGCGGGGCUUCUGGAGAGCAGCAGCAGCAGCAGCAACGGCAGCAGCAGCAGCAACGGCAGCAGCAGCAGCAGCUGCUUCGUGCUUCGCUCUCUGCUGCUGAGACCUCAAAGUGCCUGCUGCUGCAGACGACCUAUGAGAAGCUGCAUCAGCUGCAGCAGACCUUAGCAGCAGCAGACAAGUUCUACGGGAUCAGCAGCAGCCAGCAGCAGCAGCAGCAGCAUGCGGUUGCUGCCUCGACAGCAGCUGCGGAAGCACCAACACUGCUGCAGGAGGAGGCAGCGCUGCGGUCCCUCCUGCUGGCAGCAGCAAGCAGCAGCAGCAGCAGCAGCAGCAGCAGCAGCGAGAGCCGCACAGAAUGGCAGCUGGAGAGAGAAGGAGCAGCAGCAGCGGUGCAGCAGCUGCUGAUGCAGCUGCAUGGCGCUGCUGCUGCCCUGAAGGACACCGUGACGAAGCGGCUGCUGCUGGAGAUGAGGGAUUUGCUGCUUCAGCUGAGAAGCAGCGCAGCAGCAGCAGCAGCAGCAGCACAAGAGCCAGCAGCAGCAGCACGACAGCAGCAGGAGCAGCAAGACCUGCAAGCAGCAGCAGAAACGGAGUGGCUUGUUGCUUUUGAGAGAGUUGCUGCGCCGCUGCUGUCAACCAAAAAAGGGGCAGAAGCAGUUGAGGACGUUUUUGUGGAGGUGCUGAUCCGGCCCCUUGUGGCAGCAGCAGCAGCAGCAGCAACUGCAGCAGUAUGCGGCACGAAGCAGCCUGCGCACCUAAACAAACAGCAGCAGCAGCAGCUGCAGCAGCAACAAAAGCAGCAGCAGCUGCUGCAGCAGCGGCACCUCCUUCACCUCCCGAGGCCCCUGACGACGCAGGAAGAGGCGCUUCUGCUGCGCUGCUUGCUGCACGGAGUUGCUGCUCUUCUUUCUGCUGCUCCUGUGCUGCUGCUGCCGCUGGCGCUGAAGCUCUCGGGUGUACAUACACCUCAGCAGCAGGCGCAGCAGCAGCUGGGGGGCACCCCACAAGUCCAGCUGCUGCAGCUGCUGCUUCGAGAAACGCUGCAGUGCAUCUCUUUUGGCUGCCCCUCAGCCAGCGAGCCUGCUUACGGCGACAGCUUCCUAUGGAGCUUCCUCAAGCUGCAGAGGUUUGUGUGCGGCCUGAGCGAAGUGUUUCCUGUGGGGUCUCAGCAGCAGCUGCUGCUGCUGCAGUGCCCCUCGCUUGCUGCUGCUGCUGCUGCUUUCGACUUGAGGGUUUGGGGGCGCCUCCAAGCAGCAGAAAUUUCUGCUGCUUUUGCUGCGCUGCUGCAAAGCCAAGCUUUGAACUUCAAAACUGUCCGCGCCACCUUCCUCAACAAGCGGGUCAGCUAG